AUGGCUGACUAUACUGAGCUUGAGCUCAAGACAUUCGAACUUUCUAGCGCAGAAUCCGAUUCCUCCUUGUCCGUGACUUCUCUUGCGUUGAUCUCAGACGUACCAUCCUCUCAAUAUUCCUCCGAGAAGCUUUUUCAGUCAAUUCAGUCAAAAGAGCUAUGGCUUAUUUCCCCCGGUAUAUGCCGAAUGCAAAUCAUAGUAGUGCAGAAUCAGGUAUCCUUGGUAUUAGGAGAAACUGAACCUGGAUUCCUGGAACAUCUAGCCGAUGUGAUCUGUCAAUGCCCACUUUGGCCUGCCCUUGGCCUUACAAUUAAACAAGAAGAUAUACAAUACCAGCCGCUAUACGACGGAGCCCCGAAUCUCUAUUUCAUUAUCGAACAUCUACAUAAGUCAUCUGUACUCCUCUCACCACCACACAGUCCCACUGCUCGUCUAUAUGGGAUAGAGUGCCUAUUUCAAUACCAAACAAAUAAUUCGGAUGGAUCUGAUACCGGCACUAACGAAUCUAACAUAUGCGAUCUCGAUAUGGAUGACUAUCCUCCCGAACCGGCUUCACAACCGCAAGCGCUAGACUUAACCAGUGACGCUCAUGGGAGCGCAGUCUAUAAUUAUUAUUAUUGGGAAGAUCCAAUUCUGGAUAUUUUUGCCAAGCAUUCUCGACAACGAUGGAACGAUGCAGGCCGCUUAGCCCAGAUGGCGUUAUACGUGACUAUUGGCAUCAGGAAACGUAUGCGCGGCUUACGAUUAUUCCAGCUGGAUAAUCGACCCUCAUUACUCGAACUAGCCCCUGCUAUUUGGAACGCUCAUUAUCUCAAGGCAGUGACGUACCACGCGGCCAAUAUCCCCAUUAUUUCGAGCAUUCUGGCUGCACCAUCUCGAAACCGGUCAGCAUCUUUACGGGAAAAAAGUAAAAGGUUGCUAGUAGAUGUAGAUGACACCCUUAGUAAUAAACCCUCUACUAGCAUAGAGACUGAAGCCGAGCUAAACACCUACCGAUGUUCCAUUCAGCAAAGGCUUUGGGAUUUAGUGCAAGCAAAAUUAGAGCCGACUACUCGCAUCAAGAAUGCUAGUAUAAAUAUUGAUACACAACAGCGCGAAAACGUCGAUUGGCCUUUCGAGAUAGCAUCUUCGAGUAUGGGCUCUCUUGAGGAGCCCGAGAACAGCGAUUAUUUCUACAUCUUGGACAGAACUUCGAGUAAGGAUUUCGACUUCGACAACGCCUAUGAUGAGGGCCGGUUAUUAUAUCAACUUCAAGAGCCUCCAGGGGGAGAUUGUAGUAGCCAUCUCGACGCAACAGCUGAAUAUGAGCAGUGGCAGCACGGGGAUCAGGAUAUAAGGGCCACCAACGAAGGCUCCCUCGCAGAAGUCAUUGACACAAUAGAGGUGGAAUCAGACUAUUUGCCAAAUAGUAGUCCUCGGGAUGAUUCUCUUAUUCAUUCUUCAAGUUUGUUAGAAUUACGAGGCACUUCAACUGUCCGACAACACAUUUCCGGCGAUUUUAGUGAUUCGAUUGUGGACGUCAAUGAUCUACACGCAUCCGAUUAUGCAUACGGCGUUGAGGGCAUUUGCAAUUCUACAGAUGAGUUGCCAUAUAACACUCGACGUAUGCUCUGGGACGAUAUGCAACAACAUAUGUAUAAGAGUGGAGAUGAUUAUCCCUAUAGGAGAGAUAAAGGAAUGAUAGAUCAAAGUCAUGAGCUCAGAGAGGAACAAACAGGUUCUCAGGAUAUAGAUAUGUAUUGACAAUAUUGAUAAACCAUAUAACCGGGUAAAUACGCAAUGAUUAUGAGUGCUAGACGCGGCCUGCUGUCGUCGAAGCGUCUCUAAAUGCUAUCCUUAUUGUUCUAUUCUACCCUUUCACCCGAACACUAAGCACCUAGAACCCUGUCCGCUUAGCUCCAUAACAGCUACGU